CAAAGAAGAGUAUGAGUUUCAGUCUGAAGUAAAGCGACUCUAAGCCUUGAAAGUCGAAUUCAGUUUUAAUUGCGCAUUCGCAGGCAUCGCAAUCGACGGUGUAGUUUUGCAUUCAGAAAAUUUAAAUUAAAUAAAAUAAAUCAGUUAAUUGACGAAACCUUUCAGGAUAUUUGAUGGAAUUAAUUCAUAACUUGUGCUCAAUAUUGCAGUAAUUGUUUGAGGACAAUCUUUACGACGGAAGACAAGUGGAAGGAAAGUAUUGAAAGACUACUACGCGUAUAUGCUAUAUAUUUGCAGAUUUUACUCUCUGGGGUCACUCUUUCUAAUAACUGUUCGAAGUUUUCUCUCUAAGAAUUGACGCAGAGAUCUACGCUCAGAGCUUCAAAAUUUUGGGAUUUAUGUAAUUAGAAAAAAACCACAACAGCAAAACUCAAGCACUAAAAAAAUAUAUCGGUAAAUCCUUCCAUAUUCAUAUUCAAAAGAUGGCUUUUCUUUCGUGUUCAAAGUACGUAGUACUAAGAAAUAUCAAAAUUUGUCUUUCCUUAUGUAAAAAACUCAUUUCUAGCACCGAUCGAUUCAAUGAAAUGAAGGAAGCAGCUGAUUAUAUAAUGACUUGCACUGACAUACGUCCCAGAAUCGGUAUAAUUUGUGGCAGUGGCUUGGGUAAAUUGGCGGAAGGCUUUACCGAUGCGAUAUCCUUCGAAUAUGAGAAAUUACCACAUUUUCCUCUAUCGACUGUGGAAGGUCAUGCUGGGCGUUUAGUUUUUGGUUAUAUUGAGACUGUUCCCAUAUUGGCGAUGCAGGGACGCUUUCAUCAUUACGAAGGUUAUUCAUUAUCAAAAUGCACAUUUCCUGUACGAGUGAUGAAAUUGAUUGGUAUUGAGAUAUUAAUUGCAACUAAUGCAGCUGGUGGCAUUAAUGAGAAAUAUAAAGUUGGUGAUAUUAUGCUAUUGCGUGAUCAUGUGAAUUUCCUCGGACUUUCUGGGAAUAGUCCAUUAAACGGCGCUAACUUUGAAGAGUUUGGACCACGUUUUCCGCCAAUGGCCAAUGCAUACGAUAAGGAGCUACGCGAAACAGCAUUAAAGGUAGCCGAUGAUAUGAGAAUUGAAAAACUUUUCCAUGUCGGCACUUAUGCUUGUCUCGGUGGACCAAGCUAUGAAACCAUUGCAGAGCUGCGAAUGUUGCGUACAUGUGGAGCUGAUGCGGUCGGCAUGUCCACGGCUCAUGAAGUUGUGGUAGCUAGACAUUGUGAUAUGAAGGUGCUUGCUUUCAGUUUAAUAACUAAUAAGUGCUUACUUGAGUAUGACAUAAAGGAUACUACAAAUCACGCAGAGGUAGUUGCAGUUGGCAAGAAACGAGAAAAAGUUUGUGCUGAAUUUGUGCGUAAAUUGGUACAUCACAUCGAGUGUCCUCCAGAGUCACUAAGUAAUGUUGGUUUUUAAAUUACAACCAGAAGUGGAUCAAAAUUUCAAAUUGAAAUUAUAAACAAACAUUCUGUCAAGAACAAUAGUAUUUGCUGAUAUCAAAAUUAAAGUUUAAAUAAAUUAAAUAUAUUUUUUUAGCAGGUAACGACAGAAAUAUAUUACCAUAAUUGUAUCACAAUAAAAAAAUUAACUGUAAAA